AGUAUUAAACAAAUGAAAUUAAUUUAUAUGCUUGAUUGAAAAUUAAAAUAAUUACAUUUUAACAAUAGUAGUUACCAUUCAUUUACUAUAAUUUCUUCUAUCAAAACUUUGGUAAAAAAUGGCUGAUUCAUAGCCAUUUUUAUUGCGCGAUUUCGCGCUUAUUCUUAUAAUCGGAAUAUAAAAGUAUCGAGAUCUCGCCCGCAAUUUUUCGAUUUGUCUCGAUUUCGAUCUCGAAAUUGUGAGAUCCCCAUAGAUAUCCCUGUCUACGGGGAUCUUACACAUCUUUAAUAUUAAGGAAAAUGAGUUUUUGCUUUCAGUAUAAAAUAGAUAGUAAAGAAAAAUAAAAAAUUAGCAUUUAUAAAGUAUCUGCAGUAAAAAAAAAUGACAGUUCAAACUACCUUUUCGAUUACCACGAAUAUCGAUAAACAGCAGAUAACUUCAUUUAACUUAGAACCUUUCUGUCCGCAAUGUAAUUUUGACUGUGUUCAAAGUGAACUGCGAUAUUUAUGUACUGUUUGUAAAUAAAACGUGAUGUGACCUUUGAUUAAAAUAAAAAAUGUAUAUUUUAUGUACAGUAUCAUUAUCAGAUAUAUUUAAGAUAUGUUUCUUAUACAGAAACAAGUACUGAACCAAAAAAUUGAUAAUACAUGAUAAAACAAUAUCGCUUUCAGCUGUUAAAGAAUAUUAAGCGAUUGUUGAACCGGCAAGUAUGAAAACGGAAAUAUCUUGGAAACGACGCUUUUUGCGAAAAAAAUUAAAAUAUACAUUGAUCUGUGUUUUCAUAGCAGCUAUUAUUUUUGUUAUUCAUCAGUUAGUUUACUUUAAAGAACUUAAUCAAGCGAUUGUAGGAAAAUUAAUUAGUGGAUCAGUACGAACAUCUGAUUACCUUAUCACUGGUAAAGUACAGUCAAAAUGGAACGAAUUGUCACAUUCUAAACUUCUGCGUGAUAAGAAUGGUAGAAGUGUAUCCUUGCGUGGGACACGUGAUCAGGAUAUUUCAAAAUAUUUGCCAAACAUGCAAGGGGAAUUUGUGUGUUUUGCUUCAAAAGAUAACAUAGACUAUUUUAAAAUUAAUGACAAUUAUUGUGACUGUCCUUUGGAUGGUAGCGAUGAACCUGGUACCAAUGCAUGUAAUAAUGGUGUGUUUUAUUGUGAAAUUUCAUCCUCACAUUUUCCAGCGAAAAUAGCAUCUUACAAAGUUAAUGAUGGGUAUUGUGAUUGUUGCGAUGGAUCUGAUGAAUGGGCUAUAGUCACAUUACCUCACUUUAAAAAUGAAUCUGGGAACAUAACGUAUGAUAAGAAAAAAUGUCCAAAUAGAUGCUAGUACCAUAUUAUUGAAAGUAAUCAUUUAUAUAAGAACCACAGAAGCAGAUAUUUGAUUAUCUUCUAUAAUUAAUUUUGGGAAUUAACUAUCUAGGAAAAAAGGAGGUACAAAUAGUAGAUAUAUAUCAGACCAUAAUUAACUACAAAUUUUUUAUUAACUUUUUUGAUAUAUAAUUAUUUAACCAUUCAAUAAAAUUCAAUAGAUGUGUUAAUAUCAUUAACUUAUUGUGCAAAUAUUUUUUAUUGAAACAACAUAAAAAAGCACAUAUCACAAUGUUACUGUGUGAAAUUUCUAACAGCUUUGAGAACAUUAAAAUGAAGGAGCAAACUUUUUGGUUUAUCUGCAAAAUGUAAUUCGCGUUUUAUGGGAACUCCUAUAGUCUUUAAAGUCGUACAAAAUCGGUUUUCCUCUUCGCCAUUCCAUGGACGACUAGAAUCAUGAACUUGAUAUGGUGUGACAUGUACAUGAACAUCUAUUCCUAUAAUAAUACAUCAGUUUUUAAAUAUAAUGCAAUAUUAAAAGAUUAA